AGUAUCUGUCCAGCCAAUCACAGCAGCGAUUGCUUGCCGACUGAGCAGUAUCAACAUGGCAGCUUUCUGAGUUUUGGAGGAAGGGACUUGGUGUAAAUAAACACAAACUUCACAUUUUACAGAUAACGACAGGGUUCGUGUGCGUGUGCUCAGGGCUCGUUGGGUCGUAGAGGGGAAAAUGUCGACUGACGGAAACAAAAAGCAGUUCUGGAAAAGAAACGCAGCGAAGGUUCCUGGCAGUAUUCAGCAUGUUUAUGGCGCACAACAUCCACCUUUCGAUCCGCUUCUUCAUGCUAACCUGAUUAAAGCAGGCAGCAAGCCGCCUCCGGCCACACCAGGCAAGCCCAAGAAGGCAACCACCUUCCAGGAGUUUGAGAGCAUCACCAGUGAUGCCUGGGAUGUUGGAGAUGAUGAUGAUGAGUUGUUGGCCAUGGCUGCACAGAACCUUAAUAUUGAGGUGGUCAUGGAGACAGCAAAUAAGGUGAUCGAGAAUCACAGCAAGCAGCAGGAGAAACAGAGGCAGGAUGACACAGUGGAGCUGGAACAGAGAGAAGAGGACACACAGGAGGAUGUGGCAGAGGAUGAAGAGGAGGAUGAGGAAGAGGAGGUGGACAGGUUGGGGGAGGGAGAGAUGACCAGCCCAGAGGUGUCGUUUGCCUCCCAGAGAAGCCCUUACAGUGAUGGCCGCCUUGUGAAGUCCCACAGCGAAGCUCCAAUUGGGUCACCUAAAGAUGCAGCAGGUGAGCGUGCAGCCCUCCACAGACAGCGGUCUCUACCGCACAGGCCGCCCGUCAUUCCACUCGUAGCUCGCAUGGCUGACCAGAACACAUCUGGCACCCCGGCCAUGACCGAAAGGGAAGCGUCCCGUCUGGAUAAGUUCAGACAGUUGUUGGCUGGGCCCAACACAGAUCUGGAGGAGCUACGGAAACUCAGCUGGUCUGGAAUCCCACGACAGGUCCGGCCGAUAACGUGGAAGCUACUUUCUGGUUACCUACCAGCUAAUGCAGAAAGAAGAGACAGCAUCCUACAGAGGAAAAGACAAGAGUAUUUUGGCUUCAUCCAGCAAUACUAUGACUCCCGCAAUGACGAACACCACCAGGACACAUACAGACAGAUCCACAUAGACAUUCCUAGGAUGAAUCCUGAGUCUUUGGUGCUGCAGCCAAAGGUGACAGAGAUUCACAUUGACAUACCGAGAACUAAUCCUCUUAUUCCUCUCUUUCAACAAGCUUCUGUCCAAGAGAUUUUUGAGCGGAUCCUGUUUAUCUGGGCCAUCCGCCACCCAGCCAGCGGCUACGUGCAAGGCAUCAACGACUUGGUCACGCCGUUCUUUGUCGUCUACGUUUUUGAGUACAUUGAGGAGGAAGUGGAAAACUUUGACGUGUCCAGUCUCCAGGAAGAGGCUCUGAGGAACAUUGAGGCAGACAGCUUCUGGUGCAUGAGCAAACUGCUGGACGGCAUCCAGGACAACUAUACGUUUGCCCAGCCAGGCAUCCAGAGAAAAGUUAAGGCCCUGGAGGAGCUAGUCAGCAGGAUUGAUGAGUCUGUGCACCGUCACAUGCAGCAGUACGAGGUGGAGUACCUGCAGUUCGCCUUCCGCUGGAUGAACAACCUCCUGAUGAGGGAGCUUCCACUACGCUGCACAAUCAGACUGUGGGACACCUACCAGGCUGAACCAGAGGGCUUCUCCCAUUUCCACCUGUACGUGUGCGCCGCCUUCCUGGUGAGGUGGAGGAAAGAAAUUCUUGAGGAGAGGGAUUUUCAGGGUCUGAUGAUCCUUCUGCAGAACCUUCCCACGAUGCACUGGGGCAACGAGGAAGUGAGCGUACUGCUGGCCGAAGCCUACAGGUUGAAAUUUGCCUUCGCUGAUGCGCCCAACCACUACAAGAGAUGAUAAGCAUGGUCCUCUGCAGCUGCUCCCCUCCUCCUCCUCCUCUUCUUAUUCCUCCUUUCCUGCCCUGUAGUCGUCUACUGAGCUUAGAGGCCUCGGUUGCGAUGUGGAAGGACCUCCCUCUUUUCUUAACCUCCCUUUCCCACCUUGCCCAAUGGGCCUUUAAGAGAUUCAAAUCAACCAAUGACUGAGAGGACGUGCGGUGUAGCAUUCUAACAUGUUGAUGUCGAGCCUUUUUUUUAAAUUAUUUUUGUCUGAUUAGCUCUGAAAGGUGCACUCCUGCAGUCCAGGGCGCAGAACCCUCUUCACUGUUGAAGACCAACAAAUUUUUGUUGGAGUUCGUCUGCUGAAGCUGAUUCCUCAAAGUAGAGCCUCAGGCCCAGUACUGGACCGUGUUGCUUGGCAUCACUACGAGGGCGCAGCCAGGCUCAGAAAGAUGUUCUUUUCUGCUUACUGAUAUUUCCAAUACCAUGGCAAUACAUUGCUUUUUGUUCCCAGAGGCAAAAAUGUGACCUUUUUUUUCCAUUUGCAAAGACAAAGAAAGAUGGCAAAAGGGCACUGUGUUAGAUGGUUUACACAUAUGAGCCCUCUCUCCUGGUCACAACACAACCUGAAGGAAUGUGACAUCUCCUGUUUUUCUUUUCUCUCCUGCUUCGUACCAGGAGACACAGGUUGUUUCCCUUCAAACACCAUAGGACUUUCCCUCCUUCCACAAACCACAUAUCCACUCAGUCUGCAACAUUACAGCGUGUAAGACAAAGUGAUCAGAGGCUGCAGUUCAGCUUGUUAGUUUUUCCUUCGACAUGCUUAUAUAUGAAGAAAUAUCCAUGAACAACCCCUCCCCCUCCUCCUCUCCAGGGCUACCUCAGAACACACCACACAGGUGGUGAGAGCUAGAAAUCCACUCAAUAAGCCAUGCAUACAUUAUAAAAACACACAUUGCCAUCUGUGUACUUCAUGGAGAAACAAGCACACUUACAGACAUGCACACAUCAGUAUGGAGCCAAACUCAGAAAUUCAGAAAUCUAAAAUUGGUAUUCACAGAAGAACUGUGAACUCCUCACAGGGUUUUCUUUUUUUUUGCAAGUAAAGAUCCAAAUGAACAGUUUUGCCUUAAUUAUAAGAUACUUUCUUUUCACUCACACCUUCCUCUCCUUCUGUCUUUUGGGCUCUGUUUUCAUUGAUGCGCAAAAAAAGAAUAUGACAUCACACCAGUAAGGUACUAAGCUUAACGUUAUUGAGUGAAUCCUAUUGAUAUGUCAUCCUAAAUGACAUAUGAAGCAGCUGGUGUAUGUUGUUUACAACUUCUAUCUUUAGGGAAACCUUGCACCUUUAAAAAGCAAUUCCACACAUUUGAUCUGUAUUGAUUCUCUUAAUUGAAUCAUGUGUAACCAGCCGGAGCUGCUGCAAGAUUAACAAAAUAACUUCAACGCCAGUGAACACAUAGUCUGUUCUGACUUUGCAUUCUGCGCAGAUUGCCUGUUUAUCCAGCGCAGAUGAUCAGAGAUAUUGGAGACUGUGACAUCCUGGAGAUGUAUUAGACACACUUACAAUACAAAGCGCUCUCAUUACUGAGCUUCGGCACCUGUCAGUCAUCAUACCCUCCCAUGCUGUCAUAAAAAACAAUAGAUAAUCAGGACAUAGCUGCUCAAUUGCUCUUUUUUUCCAAUUUGAACAGACCCUUUGUUGUAAAUUAAAUCUGAUGAAAUAGGAACAGAAUCAUCUUUGUGCAAGUGGGAGAUGCUGGACUGAAAUCUAAUGUGACUUAAACUCGACAGGCUGGACAGAUGGUAGUUCUUGAACUCACCCUUUAAUGUAAAAUACUUUUGCAUAAAGCACAUAUAUGAACAAAACAGCGGGUGCAUUUACAUACAACCUUCUUAUUUGUUUGUGCACAUGACCCCCUGCUUAACACUGGUUAGUUCCCAUUUUUGCUGCAUACGUUGCUCUGCACAUGUAGAGCACAUGGGAAGUCUGUGGCACCAUAUUGGUGUAACGUUGGGAGGAGGUUGGGGGGGUGGGUAAUCAGACAUUCAUGACAUAACACAAAGCUGUUAACGUUUGGAGCCUCCUGUUGCGACUCCGCCAGGAUCCAUUAUUGUCACUCCAGCCCACAAAGACGGUGUGCGUAGGUGUGUGAAGGGGAGAUGGAAGGAGAGAGGGACGAGGUUGUGUUUCUUUGGAAGUUUCAGUGCUUUUUCUGUGAGAGCUGUCACUCUUUGAUCACACUUUGGGAAUUUUUUUUUUUUUUUACACAGUCUGCACCAGUUUCACAAGCCCCUCAUCUCCCAUGCUCUCUGACAAGGAAAAACUGCACUUAAUUUAAGAGUCUAUAGCCUUUUUCUUCUAACUCUUUUUUGUAUGAGAUAUAUUCUUUCAAUCAGCGUUUUAAAGAUUUGUCGUUUUCUUUUCUGGUUUUAUUUUUUUAUGCUGUUUACAUUACAAGCCUAUUAAGUUGUGCCUGACUCUGGAGACAAGAGACAACGUCCUAGUUAUGUUUUUGACCUCAGCUGAACUUGAUGAGAUUUGGAUUUUUGCAAGCAAUAGUAUGAAAUCAUGAAUUGUGAAAAGACAGAAAAUAUCAAUGCACAUUUAGUUUUUUUUUUUUUUUUUUGAUAGGUUAGCCACCAACAUGAACUGUGUAACAAUACUCUGGGCAUUUAAUAGUUCAAACAUGGCAAUUGAUCGUUCACCAAACCCUCCCCAAACAGCAACUAACUUGGCACAGCAGGCCUGUCUAGUUUUGGGUUUCCCCACGUGUGCAAGCAGUGUGCAUGAGGCUGUAAGCAAGACUGAUACAGAUACACAGCAUUUCAAUGUUGUCUUUUCUGCAGCCUUUCCAAUACCAAAAACACAAGAGGUAAAGUGUAAGCAACAGAUUAAAUCUUAACUGCAAUCGUAAGUGGUCAUGUCAUGUCUGGCUAACUAGCGAUCCACCUAAAGUAGUAAAAAUAGAGUUACUUUCAAAGCCAAAGAGCACAUUAUUAGCUAGCAUUAGCUAGUGCAAUUACAGAUUACAGUAAAAAACAAACAAAAAAAAAAACAUCAACUGCUUACCUUCUCCUCAGUAUGUGGAAGCUCAUCCUGGAUGCUAUUAGAGUUUAGGCUGCUGUUGGCAGCUGUGAUUUUGUGAAGUGACUCCAGCUUUAGCGUUGAUCUUGCAUGAUCUCAUGUAUGUAUCCAUCAGUUUCAUUCUUUAGAGUCAGCAGGAAACACUGGAAAUGUGCCGUUUGACAGCAUCUUAAAUCAACCCGUGGACAACGCUUAGCUUAAUUAACUAACUAGCCACAGCUAGUAAAAUCUCCAAGUAAUGGCACAUUUGACUGUCAUCAGUUAGAAAUGAGACGCUGCUUUUGCUUUUGUAAUCAAGGACCCGUAGUUAUAAAGAUGAUACUAAGAAUUGUAAGAGAUAAAUCUGCCACAGCUACCAGUGUGAACUGCACGUGCUGAGAAAGGAGAGCCCAACAGGUGUAGCAGCAGUAAGUGAGGGUUUGUGGGGAUUUGCCAACAGCCGUUUAUUGUCCCAUUUAUUAUUGAAAGCCCUCUUUUUCAGGAAGUUAUGUUGCAUUAUUGCACGCAUUCAUAUUGAAUGGGGGGAGGCAGCAAAUAAUGUUGGACGUUCACGAUUAAUGUAUUCUGUGUGUGUGUGUGUGUGUGUGUUUGUGUGUGUGGGUGUGUGUGUGUGUGAGAGAGAGAGUCAAACAGACCCCCAUUAUCAUUAGAAGAACUUCUUUUGCUGUAAUGUUUAAUGUUAAUUUCAAUGUAUCAAGAAGAAGCUGCCUGCUCAGACUUGUGGGACAAGACAUUAACACACGUUCACACACUACCAGUGUCAAGUUAGCCUGUCUGUAACCCACAGUCUCUUGCACACACACACACACACACACACACACACACACGAGUGUCUCCAUGGUGAUGAAGGCCGAGGUGGUAUCUGGCUGGAACCCUUUUUCUGUUAGCACAUACACACACACACACACAGACAGGCAAACUUCAAACAUUCUGUGGAGCAUCAUCAGGAGGGUAGUCUUAAGUAACAUUUUCAGCUGCUUUCAUUUCUUUUAGUUUGUUUUCUUCGCUCUGCCUCUCCAGAUGUGAAAAUAUGUGAAAACCAGAAUGAAAAAAAUUCUCCCGUCUUUUGCCUCUUGAGUACUCAUAAAAAAAAAAAAUCUAAUAAUACUAGAGUGUGUGGGUGACAGGAGUAGUGGUUCUUGAAUUUAAAAGUGUGUACAGAAAAGAUUUUGAAACAAAAAUCUGUAAAUAGAAAGUGUAAAUAAAUCCUAUAUAUGACAAAAUUGCUUCAAA